AAAAAAAAAAAAAAAAGAAAAAAAGCCAACCCGAUUUUUCCCACCCCUCUCACCUCCCUCGCCUGGGGUUUCGCGUCGUCUCCCGACGCGCCCCGAGCGACGCGCGAGCGCCGAGCGCGACAACGGCAACGGCUCUCUCUCUCUCUCUCCUCUCUCCUCUCUCCUCUCUCCUCUAGGUAAGAGAGAGAGAGAGAUAGGGGGGAAACAAAAAAAAAAAAGAAAAAAGGAAAAAAUUACAGUGGUAGAGAGAGAGAGAGAGAGAAAUAGGAAACGCUGCAACAGGUUGUUCUUUCUUAUUAGCGUCGAAUCCAGGCCCGAACAACAACCCCUCACCCCCAUGUCCGAAUCGCCCCGCCGUUUUUCGCUUGGAGCCGUCCCCGACCCCUUAUGCGUACCCCAAUGCGCACCCGCUUUAUAAGCAAUAUAUAUCCCCCUCCCCCUCUGUUAACAAUAGUAACAAUAAUAAUAAUAAUAUUAUUAUUAUUAGUAUUACUAUUGGUCUCGUGCUUAUUCCCGUGUUAUUGUUGUUGUUGUUGUUCUCUGCGCGGCUUCUGCUCCUCGGCCUCUUCCUCUUUACUCUCCUCCUCCUCCUCCUCCUCUUCCUCAUCCUCAUACUACUACUACUGCUACUACCACCUCACCGUUUCUUCUACUGCACUAGCAUGCGCCGAGCCCUUUCCCUUUGUUUUUUCUGAUGGGUUCCUCCUCUUUACUGCUCCUGCCCCCGACCACAACCACAACCACAACCACAAACACGACGUCGUCUUCUCAUGAUUCUCACUUCUCGCACUACUCUGAAGAGGAAAAGGAGCUUCUUUAUCUCCUCUAUCUCCAGCAGCAGCAACAACAGCAGCAGCAGCAGCAGCAGCAGCAGCAGGUGGGCGAGGUGAUCAUGGUGAGGAAGCGCCCCGCCUCGGAGCUCGAUCUACAGCACGAGUCCUCCUCAUCUUCUUACCACAACCCCAGACUCCCUCGUCGCGGCGGCGGAGGCGGUGCUGCGGCGGCGGGUGGCGGGGCUUCCUCGUCCACGGCCGCGGCGCAGGGGCCGUUCGCGGAGAGCGCGGCGGCGGGGCACCCCUCCUCGCUUCUGUAUUCGGCUUCGAGCGGCGGCGGCGCUCUGGACGCCCCGAUUUUGGUGCAGCACGGGGGCAACCCGACGCAGUUCCUUCCGUCUCUCCCCCCGCCGGCGCCGGCGGUGUGCGGGUUCUCGGGGCUGCCGCUGUUCCCGGCGGAGCUCGAGCGGGGCGGCGGGGGGGGUGCGGCGGCGGCGAACGAGGGGGUGGCGGGCCGCGGCGGCGCGGACGAGGGCGCGGCGUCGGCGUGGGUGGACGGGAUCAUCCGCGACCUCCUGAGCAGCGCGGCGCCCGCGGUGUCGAUCCCGCAGCUGAUCCACAACGUCCGCGAGGUCAUCCACCCCUGCAACCCCGCCCUCGCCGCCGUCCUCGAGCACCGCCUCCGCUCCCUCGCCUCCUCCGACCCUCUCCCUCCUCCUCCGCCGCCGCCGCCGCCGCUCCCCUCCCUCCCCUCCGACGCGCCCAGCCUGACAAGCUCGCCGCCGCGAGCUGCCCCUCCCCCGCCCCAGCCCCCACCGGCCCCGCCUCUUCCCAAGUCGCCACAAAGCCAACAACAGCAGCAGCAGCAGCCGCCCAACUCCCCAACCCCCAACCCUCCUGCUCCUCCGACCCCCAGCCCCAGCGCAGCUCCACCUCCGACGAGGGCGCGCAAGGAGGAGCUGCGGCAGCAGAAGCGCGACGAGGAGGGGCUGCAGCUGCUGACGCUGCUGCUGCAGUGCGCGGAGUCGGUGGCGGCGGACAACCUGGACGAGGCGAACCGGCUGCUGCUGGAGAUCUCGGAGCUGGCGACCCCGUUCGGCAGCUCGGCCCAGCGCGUGGCGGCCUACUUCUCGGAGGCCAUGUCGGCCCGGCUGGUCAGCUCCUGCCUGGGGCUUUACGCCCCGCUGCCGGCGUCGUCCCCGGCGGCCCUCCGGGUCCACCACCGGCUGGCGGCGGCCUUCCAGGUGUUCAACGGCAUCAGCCCGUUCGUGAAGUUCUCGCACUUCACGGCGAACCAGGCGAUCCAGGAGGCGUUCGACCGCGAGGAGCGCGUGCACAUCAUCGACCUGGACAUCAUGCAGGGCCUGCAGUGGCCGGGCCUCUUCCACAUCCUCGCCUCCCGCCCCGGCGGGCCCCCGCGCGUCCGCCUGACCGGCCUCGGCGCCUCCCUCGACGCCCUCGAGGCCACCGGCAAGCGCCUCUCCGACUUCGCCGACACCCUCGGCCUCCCCUUCGAGUUCCACCCCGUCGCCGACAAGGUCGGCAACCUCGACCCCGACCGCCUCGGCGUCUCCCGCCGCGAGGCCCUCGCCGUCCACUGGCUCCACCACUCCCUCUACGACGUCACCGGCUCCGACACCAACACCCUCUGGCUCCUCCAGCGUUUGGCGCCGAAGGUGGUGACGAUGGUGGAGCAGGAUCUGAGCCCGGGGGGCUCGUUCCUGGCGCGGUUCGUCGAGGCGAUCCACUACUACUCGGCGCUGUUCGACUCGCUCGGCGCCAGCUACGGCGAGGACAGCCCCGAGCGGCACGUCGUCGAGCAGCAGCUGCUGUCGCGCGAGAUCCGCAACGUGCUCGCCGUGGGCGGCCCGGCGCGGUCCGGGGAUGUCAAGUUCGGCAACUGGCGCGAGAAGCUGGCCCAGUCGGGAUUCCGCUCGGUCUCCCUCGCGGGCAAUGCCGCCGCCCAGGCCACGCUCCUCCUCGGCAUGUUCCCCUCCGACGGAUACACGCUCGUCGAGGAGAACGGCGCGCUCAAGCUCGGGUGGAAGGACCUUUGCCUCCUCACCGCCUCGGCGUGGCGCCCGAUCCAAACCGCCAAUCCGCCCCGCUAGCCGACACAAUGUGGGAGUUCUUGGCUCACGCGAAAGGCGCACUAACAGCAGAAUAAGAAGAUCUCAUCAAAAUCCGAACUAACUACUGCCGCCCUAAUUUGAGAGCCAGAAUAUUGAGGAUCAUUUGGCAAAUCCAUUCAAGUCGAGUGCGCCGUUCACGAUCCUCUGAGUCGAACUCUUAUAAUAUUUACUGCAUUUACGUCUCACUAUCAUUUUGUUUUUGCAUUUCACCGUGUAGUUAGGCAGAUUUAGUUCUAAAAUCUUUGACACUUAAAAAUUCACAUAUCAUGAUCACUACCCACUUUUUCCUUUUUUCUUCGUUCCCCCCCCCCCNGCGAGCUGUGAAGAAGCUGAUGUUUGGCCUACUGAUGAAGUAGAUAUAUAGAUGGGUUCGGGAGCAGCUAUAAUUAAUGCAUGCUGGGGCUACUCCUAAGAAGUGCUUUUCCUUAGUCGCCAAUGGGUUUCUUUUUGCGCUACUGAGUGGUCCUUUUCGCUCUUACAAAAAGCCGUACCCCCUACUCUGUAGCUUUUGGCGCGGACAAGCCCAUUGCCAUUUCGUUUUCCCUACUCUGUCCUUUGUCAUGGUGCAAGAAAUUGCUGAGCUGGCUUUCUAGUACUCUCCCACCCCCUCUCUGUCUAGAACUCUCUCCAUCUCUUAAAUGAGUUAAUGAUAAAGGCUUUUAUUAAUUAUUUCA